UCGCAGACAGGCCUGCGCGAAUCCAACCAGACCACCGAGCUGGGUGUUAGCAGCAGCCGAGCGUCCACCAGCUGCAGACUCGUCUCGGCCUUCGUCAUACACUGGUUUCGGACAUUGACGGUCAUUUUUAUGACUAAAGCAGUGGAUUAUCGCGACAUAACGGGGGGAGAACUGAACGACGGGAGCCUUCCGAUUGAAAGGCAGGCGUGGCGUUAGCGAGCUGGCGUAGACGCGAGAGCCAGGGAGCUCCGGGAGGACCACGGCAGCGCCGCCGCCAGCGCCACGGGGAGUCGGGGCCCGAGAGGGAGCCUGCGAGGCCCUCGGCUUAAUGCACUCUGCCUGCUUAGCCUUAGCAGCAGUCCGAGAUGGAGGAGACGAAAAUUAUCUACCACCUCGACGACCAGGAGACGCCGUAUCUGGUGAAAGUGCCCGUAGCGGCGGACAAAGUCACUCUGGCGGACUUCAAAAAUGUUCUCAAGAAGCCGAAUUACAAAUACUUCUUCAAGUCGAUGGACGAUGACUUCGGGGUGGUGAAGGAGGAGAUAUCUGACGACAACGCUAAACUGCCCUGCUUUAAUGGACGUGUGGUAUCAUGGCUGGUUUCAGGAGAUGGAGCCCACACAGAUGCAGGCUCUGUGGCAGACUCUGAGCAAGCACCGCCGCUGGAGAGGACAGGCGGGAUUGGAGACUCCAGACCACCAUCUUACCAUGGGAAAGCAGCGAGUGGUCGAGACAGUCUGGACAAUGACACUGAGACCGGUUCGAUGGUGUCGCAAAGGAGAGAGAAAGAGAGGCCCCGCAGGAAACACUCAAAUGACCAUGGUGGGAGGCAGAACGGUUACUCAUCGAGAGCAAUGGGACGCGGUGCUGCAGAGUACGACAGCUGCUCCUCUUUCAUGAGCAGCGAGCUGGAGUCCACAUCUUGUUUUGAUUCGGAGGAUGACGACGCCACUAGCAGGUUUAGUAGCUCAACCGAACAAAGUUCUUCUCGUCUAAUGCGACGACAUCGCCGGCGACGAAGAAAACCCAAAGCUUCUAAUAUGGAUAGGGUGAGACAACCUUGCAUAAAUCAACUGGAAACACUUUUUUACUUUGUGUUUUUUCUGAUCAUGGUCUAUUUAUGUGUCCAGUCAUCUUCGUUCAGCAGCAUCACAGACUCCACUAUGUCCCUGAACAUCAUCACUGUGACACUCAACAUGGAGAAGUACAACUUCCUGGGCAUCAGUAUUGUCGGUCAGAGUAAUGAAAGGGGAGACGGAGGAAUCUACAUUGGCUCCAUCAUGAAGGGAGGAGCCGUGGCCGCAGAUGGACGCAUAGAGCCCGGGGACAUGCUGCUGCAGGUGAAUGACAUCAACUUUGAGAACAUGAGCAACGAUGAUGCAGUCCGAGUAUUGAGAGAUAUUGUGCACAAACCUGGACCAAUCACGCUGACUGUGGCCAAGUGCUGGGACCCAAACCCGCGAAGUUGCUUUGCUCUGCCGAGAAGCGAGCCGAUUCGACCCAUCGACCCUGCGGCUUGGGUGUCUCACACAGCAGCCAUGACUGGAGUUUAUCCUGCUUACGGCAUGAGCCCUUCCAUGAGCACUGUCACUUCCACCAGCUCCUCCAUCAGCAGCUCCAUUCCUGAAACUGAGCGAUUUGAUGACUUCCACCUCUCCAUCCAUAGUGACAUGGCAACUGUUGCUAAGGCAAUGGCCUGUCCUGAGUCAGGUCUGGAGGUGCGAGACAGGAUGUGGCUGAAGAUAACAAUCGCCAAUGCCUUUAUUGGCUCUGAUGUGGUCGACUGGCUCUUUCAUCAUGUAGAGGGGUUCUCAGAUCGCAGGGAAGCUCGAAAGUACGCCAGCAACCUACUAAAGGCUGGAUACAUCCGUCACACUGUUAACAAAAUCACCUUCUCUGAGCAAUGCUAUUAUAUUUUUGGCGACCUCUGUGGAAACAUGACCCACCUGUCGCUCCAUGACCAUGACGGUUCCAGUGGCGGGGCCUCGGACCAAGACACCCUCCUCCCCCUGCCUCACCCAGGAGCAGCUCCUUGGCCGAUGACUAUGCCAUACCAGUUUCCCAUUCCACACCCAUACGACCUCCCUCAGCCUUUCCAUGGCCCCGGAGCUGGCAGUGCAGGAAGCCAACACAGCGGAAGCAGUGGUUCCAACUGCAGCAAGAACGAAGCACGUAAAUCUGGAGGCAGUGGCAGUGAACCGGAGAACAGGAGCCAGCGUGCUCCCAGUGAACGCUCUGUGGCGCCCCCUAGUGAAAGAAGCGUCCGCAGUUCUGCUAGCCACCGCAGUGCCAAUUCCCACUUGUUAGCUUACGGGACUGGGCUCGUCUACGGACCCCCUGGAUUGCCCCCACAACCCACCCAUCUGCCUACGUCCGCGCCUGGAGCCCCGCCCGGCAGAGAGGUCGCCGCCGUUCCCCCCGAGCUAACCGCAUCACGCCAGUCCUUGAGGAUGGCAGUCGGCAACGCUGGAGAGUUCUUUGUUGACGUCAUGUGAAUCAGGUUCUAAAGGAGCAGUUUGGGCUUCGAUGUGUGGGUGCAGGAUUUGGAAGGACAGCAGGAUUUGAAUGACCUCGAUCCCUCAAUGCAAAAGACGACCAGUCCUGCUGUGUUGUAGAGAGAAAACGUUCAUCCUUUCUUGUGCUUUUCUUCCUAGCAGUAGUGGCAUACUUUCUUCAGUGAAGAAAUCCCCUCACACACAAUAUGGAACCAAAGCGCCUUUUUCCAGUUCCUGUCCUCAGUGGGGAACCUCGUGUGCGAACAACGACUGAGAGAGAAAGAUGGUGAAAAUGGACGAGAGCGAUGACUCGGCGCUUUUCUGCACGGAUGUUUUUCAUUUGCUUCCCUCAGCACUCUUCCCUCCUUUCUGUCUUCCUUAUCUAUUACGAGCUGUCCUCUGUCCCGGGCCAUGUCAGCCCAGAGAGAAAUCUGCCGUCACUUUCUACUUCCUAACCUCGGACAAGAAAAAGAACUGACAACGCUAACUUUUUCCUGAAAUGUUUGACGUAUGAGAGAAAGAAAACUAUGUAGUGAAGAACAGACAAAGCCCUUUUCUACUGUAACAAUGCAUCUGUUUUAUUAUAUUUACAUAUCUAUAAAUGUAGCAGGUCACAACUAGUUUUGUUACGCUACAUGAGCUUCAAGAGCAAUUUUUACACUACAAAACUGCAUUUCCAUCUGUCAACCAGAGCAUUUUAGUCUCUUGUGAGAAUGUAUAGUGAAAAGAAUCUUUCCAUGUCUGUCACACUACUCUUUUAUCAAGAAAAUGUGUCUUCUUAUUUAUAAAUAUAGUUUUAUGACUGAAUCUGUCUCUGUUUGUGCGAAGCUGGUGUCGCUCU